GAGACAGUCGCAUUAAUAACUUAUUUUGUUAAAGGUACAAUGAACUAGCCUUAUUGAUUGGAGUUCACAUUGACUUUUGACUUUUGCUGUUCAGUAAUCUCUGGAUGAGACCAAACUUUGUUGUCCCAAGUUAUAUAACAUCCUGCAUAUAAGAGGAGUAGCUUUUGCCUUCACAACUGCUUUUGUUUUUCUUAUUCAUUCAUUUAACAAAUACUGAGUGCCCACAUAGGCACUGUGCUAUGAAGGAAGGAUACUAAAUGACCUGAUAGAUAGAGGGGCCUAACUUGGUUGGAGGUCUAUAAAGGUCUGUAAAUGCUUACAAGAGCAUUGACGUUUAAUUUGAGAACUUAAGGAUGACUAGAGUUAAAUGAAGGGCAUGGGGUUGGUGAAGAGUCAGCUUUGAGGACAUCAUGUUCUGAGGGUGCUUAUAGAGCUGGAAGAAGACUGGCGUGGUAGAAAAUAGAAAAAAAUGAAGUUGGAAAGGCUUUGCAGGCCAUGUUAAUAAUUUUGUAUUUUAUUCUAAGAGCAAUGGAAAUGAUAUUAGACUUGAUAAUUAUCAUUUAGAGUGUAUAGAUAAAGCAUAAUUUGAGAUAGGAGAUUAAGGUAGUGGUGGGGCCGAUAGUAUCUUUAUGAAAAUAUUUUCAUUCAGCAACGUUUAUUAGGUCUAUACAGUGUUUUGCUAGAAUUCAGAAAUAUAAAGAUAAAUAAUAUGCCAUUAGUUCAUAGCAUAGCUAAGGAGUCGUUAAAAGCAAUAUGAAGUGAAAAUAUAAGAAAUACGUGAAUUAAGUGCUUUGGGAACCCUUGCUGUGGUCUGGGAAACUCUAUAACCAAGCAUAGCUAAUAGAGGGAGGCUUGGGGUAAGAAUAUGAGCUUUAGAGCAUUUUCUGACAACUCUUACCUACUCAGGUCUUUAUGGCUUCUGAGUGCUUUUCAGUCAUGUGUUAGAUACUGGUUUCUUCCUCAAAAUAUAUUCAAAAGAUGGAGAACUGUGGAAGUUUCCUUAUACUGAAGGACAACAAGCAAAGAAAGGGAGUUUGUUGGCUUCUCUUUAGAACUCUGAGAGGAUUAAGUGUCACCUUGGCCAUAAACGCGUCUUAAAAGGUAAAGAGCCUUGGGGAAACUCCAGACAAUGUUCCCAUCCAGCAGGUUGAGUUAGGAGGCAGCGUCGGCGGCGCUCAUGCCCCGCCAGCCCGCUAGGGCGGCGCUGCUCAGCAGGCCGCGGGCCCUCCGCGGAAGGUGCCGCUCUUGGCCCGGGCGGCGACGCUGCCGCUCGCAGGCGAUACUUCCUGCUGGGUUUGCCGCGGCGCCUCGGCUGCUGUUUGCGCUGUGGCUGUGCUGUUUCUGCGCAGGACGGCUGCCAUGGAGCGCCCGGGGCCCAGCGAAGUGACAGGCUCAGACGCGUCGGGACCGGACCCGCAGCUGGCGGUCACCAUGGGCUUCACAGGGUUCGGGAAAAAAGCUCGCACAUUUGAUUUGGAAGCAAUGUUUGAACAAACUCGGAGAACAGCUGUGGAAAGAAGUCGGAAAACUCUGGAGGCAAGAGAAAAAGAAGAAGAAAUGAACAGAGAGAAAGAAUUAAGAAGGCAAAAUGAAGAUAUUGAACCAACAUCUUCAGGCUCAAAUGUGGUCAGAGAUUGUUCUAAAUCAUCUCCCAGGGAUACAAGCAGCAGUGAAAGUGAAGAGACUUCUGAUUCUUCUGAUGAUGAGUUAAUUGGCCCUCCUUUACCCCUUAAAAUGGUGGAAGAACCAGUUAGUCAUAUGGAGGAAGAAAUCAUCGGUCCUUUACCUCCACCUCCUUUUGAAGAAGUGGAAGAAGAUGAUGAUGAUGACGGUGAUUCAGAAGAGGAGGAUAAUCCUGUCCAAAAGAUCCCCGACUCACAUGAGAUAACACUAAAGCAUGGCACUAAAACAGUUUCUGCUUUGGGUCUGGAUCCCUCAGGUGCCCGUUUGGUGACUGGAGGAUAUGACUAUGAUGUUAAGUUUUGGGAUUUUGCUGGAAUGGAUGCGUCUUUUAAGGCAUUUCGGUCCCUUCAGCCUUGUGAAUGCCAUCAGAUCAAGUCAUUACAGUAUAGUAAUACGGGAGACAUGAUUCUUGUGGUGUCUGGAAGCUCUCAGGCCAAAGUGAUUGACAGAGAUGGUUUUGAAGUAAUGGAAUGUAUAAAGGGAGACCAAUAUAUUGUGGACAUGGCCAACACCAAGGGUCACACAGCAAUGCUUCAUACUGGCUCAUGGCAUCCUAAAAUAAAGGGAGAAUUUAUGACUUGCUCAAAUGAUGCGACUGUGAGGACAUGGGAAGUAGAAAAUCCAAGGAAGCAAAGAAGCGUGUUUAAACCACGGACAAUGCAGGGUAAAAAAGUAAUUCCCACCACGUGCACAUAUAGUAGAGAUGGAAACCUCAUUGCAGCUGCCUGCCAGAAUGGAAGCAUACAGAUUUGGGACCGAAAUUUGACUGUUCAUCCUAAAUUCCACUAUAAACAGGCUCAUGACCCAGGCACAGACACUUCUUGCGUUGCUUUCUCCUAUGAUGGUAAUGUCCUUGCCUCUCGUGGAGGUGAUGAUUCAUUAAAAUUGUGGGACAUCCGACAGUUUAAUAAGCCACUUUUUUCAGCCUCAGGUCUUCCUACCAUGUUCCCAAUGACCGACUGCUGUUUCAGUCCAGAUGAUAAACUCAUAGUCACUGGCACAUCUGUACAAAGGGGAUGUGGCAGUGGCAAACUUGUUUUCUUUGAGCGCAGGACUUUCCAAAGGGUGUACGAAAUAGACAUCACGGAUGCGAGUGUUGUCCGCUGCCUGUGGCACCCAAAGCUGAACCAGAUCAUGGUGGGAACUGGAAACGGAUUGGCUAAAGUCUAUUAUGACCCCAACAAGAGUCAGAGGGGAGCAAAAUUAUGCGUGGUUAAAACCCAACGGAAGGCAAAACAAGCUGAGACUCUAACCCAGGACUACAUCAUCACCCCUCAUGCCCUGCCUAUGUUCCGUGAGCCCCGCCAACGAAGUACAAGGAAACAGCUGGAGAAGGACCGACUGGAUCCCCUGAAGUCUCACAAACCCGAGCCUCCUGUAGCAGGCCCAGGUCGAGGCGGCCGGGUUGGAACCCAUGGGGGUACUCUGUCGUCAUACAUCGUGAAGAACAUUGCUUUGGACAAGACCGAUGACAGCAAUCCCCGGGAAGCCAUUUUGCGGCAUGCCAAAGCAGCUGAAGACAACCCAUAUUGGGUUUCUCCAGCAUAUUCCAAGACUCAGCCCAAAACCAUGUUUGCCCAAGUUGAAUCUGAUGAUGAGGAAACAAAGAAUGAGCCAGAAUGGAAAAAACGUAAAAUCUGAAGAAUCUCAUAUGAGAGCUGUUUGCAUGAGGGGGAGGGAUAUUGGCCGGUUUUUUUUUUUAAUGAAAUAAAAAGUACAUUUUUAUGAA